AUGCUUCGCCAAACUGCCCUCAGAGCUGUUCGUUUCCAGUCCACCGUUGCCAAAACGGCACCAAGACCAUUGUCUAACGCAUAUGUUUCUCACUUGGAAACCAGAUGGGAGAAGUUGCCUAAGGAAGACCAAACCGCUUUGAUAGAGGAAUUGAAGGCUAGACAAGAGUUGCCAUGGCAAGAGUUGACUGUUGCCGAGAAGAAGGCUGCCUACUACAUUUCUUUCGGAGAGUGGGGUCCAAGAAAGCCCUUGUACCUUCCUGGUGAAAAGAACAAGAUCUUCUGGGGAACCGUGGCCGGCCUCGUUGCUGGUGUUGGAUUGUUCGCUGUCAUCAGAUCAUUCGCCCCAGACAGACCAGAGACAUUCAACAGAUCUUGGCAGGAGAAGUCGGACGAGUACUUGAAGUCCAAGAACGCCAACCCAUUCACUGGUUACUCCCAGAUCCAGUAA